GCGCGCGAGGUGGGGACGCGGGAGCGCGCGCGAGGUGGGGACGCGGGAGCGCGCGCAAGGUGCUGCUUAGAAACGGGGGCGGUUGGCUUUUGAUUCUUAGCCUCGCGCAGGCAGGGGUUCUGUGACACUUGGCGGGGUAGUCCGGCUGGACUGGACGCUUUCUCACCGCGGACCAGGGCAGUUGUAUGACCGCCAGAUGUUCUCCUGGGCUGGUGGUCUGGGCUGUGGCCUAGGCCAUACCCUAGGGGCCGUGGACAGCAGCCACACCUCUUUGACCAGGGACAUCUCUGAUAUUCACAGACAUGUGCUGGGGAAAGGGACUUUCCCUGGGGACACCAUGGAUCUGGCUGAUGUCAUCUCAUCCCAGACACAGAUCAACAGACGCCUCCCUGAGACAGACACACUGGAGGCUGAAGUGACUCACUGGAAGAUGUUGUGCCCGUGUUCCACCCAGGGACCAAAUACCGUCGACCCAGAAACAGUGUGGACACUGAAGAGCCACAUCAGGGACCUACAGCAGAAGCAGAUACGGGACAUGGACAAACAUCAGCUGGAAGUGGCCGUGUUGCAAAACACCCACCGGCAGAAGCUAGCAGACCUCACUGACCGGCACCGCAAACAACUAAUGGACUAUCGACGACAGGUGGAAGACCUGCAAAACCAAGGUGCUGCCGGGAACGUGAACCGUGACCUUCUUGAGGAGAGGGAAAGGGAUCUCAGAAGGCUGAAGCAGCAACUUACACAAAUGCAGCGGCUGAACGACAGUCUGAACAACCUUGCUUCGGAUCUCCGAGCAGAAAAGGAGAAGUUGGUUCGUGAGCUCCGACAGGCAACACAUCAGCUGGAGGAAUCCGUUCUGCGCAACAACGAGGAUUCCCUAAAGAACAACGUUGCCGUGAGGGCUUUAAAGGUAGAGAAAGGACGGUUAGUGGCAAAACUGUGUCGGGCCGAAAAGAAGCUUUGCCAACAGAAGACCGAACAAAGCCUCAGAGAACGGGCACCGGCAGAUAAUGGCCAUUUCACUAAGCUCGGUCAGGAGAAAGACCUGGAGAUACUCCACCUCCGGGAGAGGAUCGAGCAGAUGGACGCAGAGCAUCAGGAAACGAAGGAACUGCUGUCCUUUGCUUUGGAGGAGCACAAGCAAUUGGCAGAGUGCCUUAGGGAGCAAGAGGAGUACAUCAAAGAACUCCGAGAAAGGCCAGAGCUUCAGGAGGAACUCGGCCAGUCGACCGAAACCUUCAGAAGCCGUGACAUCCUACCCCCAUCCGGGGAGGACAAAGACACGCGUCUCCCAUCCACGACAGACCAACACCCUCGUGUGGACGAAGACCUGGAGCGCCUCACCCGACAGAGUCGCGCUGUCCCUCUGGUUGACCCGAAAAUCCUCGAGGAGAUUGAAGAACUCGAGUGUGAGGUCCUUCAGCUCAGCAGGUUAAAAGAUGAUCUCGAGGAGGAAAUCCAAGAACAACAGAAGAUCAUUCACAACCAGCAGCAGGGGAAGAGAGCACUGCUUCAGGCCUUACAGGAGCAGAAGGAGAAGGUGGGCCGCCUUCAACACCGGCAGGAGGCGACGAACGCUGAACGCGCUCAGCUCCUCGCGGCCAAAGACGAGCUGAUUCGGAAUCUGCAAGUCACGCUAGAAGAGCUGAAAGCCCAGUUGCCCGACGAAAGCCCGCACAUUCCGAGGCAACCCUGGGAGGAUGAGGAAGUGCGAGCAAGCCAGCCUCUCCCCAGAGAGAACGGAGGGGACGAGCGUGAUCCAUCUCAAGCUGAAAUUCAAAGGCUAGUCCAAGGAAUCAAAGAACAGGAACUGGCGAGGCAGCUUCUCACUGAAGAGAACAUCCGACUGACCGCGCAAGUGGAUCGGCUCUCCAAAGAGGAGAUCGGGAAACUCACUCGGAUCAUCCAGCAAAAGGAUGUGGAGAUUCAGGGUCUCUCCAGCAGAAUCUCUGAGGCUUCUCACAGCCAGAACAGGCACGUGCAACAACUUCAGCAGCAGUUGCAAGAGUGUGCUUUGAAAAGCGAACAGAUCUUGGCCAUCCUGAACGAGAAGAUGAGGGAGAAGAGCAAUCUGGAAAGGGACUAUCACGAAAUGACCGAUCGACUUGCUGCCAAGGAAGCAGACCUCCAGAGGGUGCAAGAGGAAAAUCAAAAACUGUCCACGAGAGUGGAAAGCAGCGGCCAGGAGGGGUGUAGCGAAAGGAUUCGGGAUCUGGCCCACGCGGUUCGAGAAAAAGACCUGGAAGUGGAGGCGUUAAGUCAGAUAUGCCAGACUUUAUGGAGGAUCCUGCAAACACCCAGCCCUGGUCAUGAGGUUCGAGGAGGUCGAAUCGAUCAGUUCCAGCAGCUUCUCCAGGAACGGGACACGUUAUCACAGCGAGUGAAGGUCAUGGAGGAGUGGAAAGAGCAGGUGCGGACCACGGUCCAAACUCUGAAGCGCGAGUCACCCCAGCUUCAGAGAGAUCUGCGACAACUGCAGGCGUGGGCUCGCACCAACAGCGAGAACGUUCUGAAACUGCAGACAGCCUCUCUUGACCAGAUCCAAACUUCCCAAGGACGGGACGUAAACUUACAAGAGCUAGAGAAGGAACUGGCCCAACUUCAGCUCCGCAUCGGGGAGCUCUGCAAUGCCGAGGACCUCCUUUUAGGGAACCUCGAUGUGAUUUUCCUCCAGACCUCCAGCGACUCCCUGAAGGCCGGGAAAUCUGACCCAGUGAGGGAGUCCUCUCAGGUGAUCAGAGAGGAGGUCGAAGAGCUCAGAAAAUCAGGGCAAGGAAAAGAGACCAUGAUUCGAACCCUCCGGGAAGAUCAGCAGAGAUGGAUUGCUUCAGGGGCUGCCACGGGGGAAGGAGAAGGCAAACCACGGGAACACGGCGAUUCCGAUUCCCACACGGAACAGCUGCAGGAGAAACCGGCCGUUCUACAAAACUCCCUUCGGGCUCAGGAGCUCCGAAUCCAAGCGGAAAGUGAGGAGCUGCUUUCUUCACAGGAGCAGCUCAGUGGCCAGCUGAGUGAGAACGAGCUGCUGAGGCAGGCAGUCACCAAUCUGAAGGAGAGGAUAGCAGAUCUCGAAGUGGACGUGUGUCGGCUGAAAGAGGAAAACGCAAAGAUCGUGGAACGAUCUAGAGAAAAGGACAUGGAAAACCAGGCGUUGCAAGAGACAAAUCGGCUGCUUUCAGUGACGCAGAGAGAGGCGGCAUCCCAGCAUGCUGCGAUGAGAGAGAAGGCACUGGCCCUGGAGCAACUGUUGCAAGAGAGAGAAGAGGGCGAGACCGGGGAAUUGAACCGGCUCGUCGACGCCGUUCGGUCAAUGCAGGACAAGGCAGCUGUGUGUCAACGGGAGAGAGAGGACGCCGUGUCGGCACUGACACAGAAAGAAACGGAAACCUGCGCCCUCCAGAAGGAGGUUCACCGGUUACGAGAGAGAGAACGGCGCCUCACCCAGGAGCUGGAGAGAGGGCGGCACCUCGCUGCAGAAGCCCAAGAUUCUCGUCGCCGGCAAGCUUUGGCCUCCGAGGACCAAGUGGCUCAGCUAAGAGAGGAAGUGACGGUCUUGCAGGGAAAACUCGCUUUGUCUUCCGCUGCCAUGGAAAAGGCCGGCCACGGAGCCCGUCUGCAGGCAGAGUCGCUGCGGGCGCAGUUGCACGUGGUCACCCAGCAGAAGGAGGAAGCUGUGCUCCGGCUCGCCGCCUCCCAGGAAGAGGGAAGGCGCUGCCAUCAAACACUAGCGAGCCUGAAGCUGGAACUGGCCGAACGGAUGGAAGAGGCAGACGCCCUAGAAGGAAAACUGAAGUCCUUACGGGGACGUUUGCAUCAAACAAAUGCCGACUUGGAGGUGAAGGAGGACCAACUCCAAGAGCUCAAGAAACAGAAUGAGGUCCAGCAGGAAAUGCUGGAGGACACACAGAAGAAACUGAUGACCUUUGUCAGUCAGUCCGAAGGAACGGUGGACAAAACCCUCCUAAGGAGACUCUUCGUGGGAUCGUUCCAGGCAGCUGAUGCGGAACGGCAGGAAGCCUUGAGGUUGAUGGCAAGCACGCUGGGGAUCCGAGAAGACCAGCUGCGGCAGCUGCGCAGCCGAGAGCCCGCGGGUGUGCCCAGCGGGGUGACUGGGGGGCCUGGACCCAGAAGCGCCCCCAGCACCCCCGCGAAACCAAAUCACCGAGCUGUGGCCAAUCGUUCCUUUUCAGAACUUUUUGUCCAGUUUCUAGAAGUGGAAUCUCAUUCGGCUUUUCCAGCGCCCAAACCCUCUGCUCGUGACGUGAAGCCCCCAGACUCGGGAGGAAGGGGAAAACUGCCUAAGAAACAAGGCCCAUCACGACUGAACGCUCCCCUGGCAUCCACACCCGGAAAAAAGGAGGUCAAGCCCCGCACCACAGCUGUGUCUCUUAUUGACCCACCCGGACCGGAAAUGGAUGGAUCGGAGCACCUUCUUCUAAAUGCUGUCACUGAUGCUUUACCCACGUACACGCCGCGUAUACUAUCGCCUGCCCAGAAGGUUGGAAAGGCGGCGGCCAAAGACCUCUCCAAGAAAUAGACGACUGUGCGCCAGAGUGACACCGCGCUUUGAAGAUCCCAAGUCACUCUGUGUGUCUACCUUAUCUCCUAAUGUUCUUUUUCAAAAUGUCAAAUGUUCACGGUUUUGCUUUCAGCUUAAGAAACCUAUUCUUUUAUGACUUAACAAAAACGGGGAUCCUGACCUGUGACCGGAUCCUAGGACCCCGGGAUCAUGACAUGAGCCAAAGACAGACGCUUAACAGACUGAGCCACCCAGAUGCCACAGCAGGGGUGACGUUCCUAGGACAGUCGACACUGAUGGCCUUGGAAGCUGUGGUCUGUAAUGCUGGAAGGUGUACACAAGGGCCAAACCUCUAUGUAUACCCUAUGCAGAGAACACAUCAACUUGUUUCAGUGUUCCAAAUGGAUCAGACAGACGAGCGCACAAUCCUCGGAUGGGAAACGAGGUGAAUAGCACAAAAGUACACGAUGAAGAUAUGGUUAAAAAAAAAAAAAAAAAAUUGAUCCCAAGGGAAUCGCUGGCUGGUCAAGGGCUAGAAGGAAGAGCUGACGUCCUCCAGCACCAUGGAAUCUGGCAAUGCACUGUGGACAGAAGCCCCCACCACCUCCACCUGCAGGUCCUUAACAAGCGCGUCAAACAAAUAUCCUCACAGUAGGAUCUCCUGAAUGUGAUGUCCCAUCUGUAUUCCUGAAGACAGAUGAAGGCGAUAAGAUCCUGCCCACAAAGUUUGCCUGUGAGAGCAGAGCGGUUUGGGUGCCCCGCGCAUUAACAAGGAUCCCGGGAUCAAGACCUGAACUGAAGUCAGAUGAUUAACCACGUGAGCCACCCCGGUGCCCUUGUCAAUGCUGGAUUUACAACUGGCUCAAAUUCUGAACCCAUGUUGAAUUAGUCGUGCCCCCCCCCCACCCCGUAUUCAGUUUUCUCUCCUCCACUCCUCCUUUGCUUGGGUUUGUGUCUUCCUGGAUAUACUUGUGGGCUGGGGGAGUGUCUUUUGCCCUGCUCCUCGUUCUCGGUUUUUUCUUCCAGAGAGUCUCAAAUCCGCAUCAUCAGCCCUGGGGCUUCUGUCGCGGCGAUGGUCGUAUGGUUUCCAGUCUCCUGGCGUAAGUCCAGACAGCUCGGUUUUGUACCGACUACGGCCACCUAAAGCUUGCGAUGAACUCAGACAGGCCACCCUCAGAAAACAGCAGCAGCAGCAGCAGCAGCAGAGGAGGAGGAUGGUGGUGUGACCGAGGUCCUACCAGGCUUCUGUGAGGCUUGCUUCUUGUCUGGCGUCUCAAGACCCCACAGCCUUGUCCCGGUGGGCGCAGCACCUCACAACCUCCAGACCCAUGGCCACUGGUCGGAGGACACCCCUUUGCAGCUCCUGAACGUCGUCCUCAAGGUCGGCGCGGAGGACGAAGAAGUGAGCAGCCCUUGGGAAGAUGCUUCUCUGCACGGAGCUCAGAAGAGCCCAGAACGGGGCUUCACUGACGGAGCUGCUAACUCUGUGGGGGGCCUGGAGACAGCGAGAGUGGAAAUGCGGCCGAACCAGGCAGAUGAGGUUUCAGCCUUGUUGGGGCUCAAGUCCUGCUAGAAGAGACCGACUUGAAGCCAGUAGGAAACAUCUUUAUCAUUGGCCUUGAUUCAUUCAUCACAUAGUGUCCAACGUGGAUUCCGUAUGCUGACAACCUGCCUGGCGCAUUACUCCGCUGGCCGCUCCGGUCCAGACGUCAGGCCGUCCCCCGAGGGAAGCCGACCCCACCGGCCCCGAAAGUUCAUGCUUGGGGUGCUGAGCGCCAGGCUGUCCCAGGAAUGGGCCCCUUGGUCCCUGGCCCUCUAUUCCGGCCAGCAGUUCUGGGGAGGCCAAGGCUGGAGCCCGACACUCUCCGUGGUUUCGUGAUCGUUUAAGAAAACAGAAGGGACAAACGUUUCACCGUCUUUAAAAACACAGGAGUCUGAGGAGAGAAGCCAAGGUCCGCCGCUUGGCAGCUCCGCGGGAGGACGAAGCAUCCGUGUCCCUUGCUGACCCACGCUGCGCCGCCUCCUCAUGCCCACGCGGAAGCACGUUUUCAGGCGGCAGUAUUGGCACAGGUGGUGCUGGUCGAUCUGGCAGCGGCGGUCGGAGCGGCCGGUGUAGCUGUGGUUGCUGUGGAUGCCUCCGCUGGAAGCAGCUCUCGCAGCCCUGGCAGGGGAAGACGCUGUAGUGCUUGCCGCUCGACAUGUCCCCACACACCACGCAGUCCACCUGCAGCUCCGGCUUCGCCAGGCUCGGAGUCGCUGGCGGCGCCCGCGGGGGAGGCCCAGGAAGCUGCUGGAGGCCUGCAAGGCCCCGCGGCCAGCACUUCCCGAGCUGCCGCCCCCUCUGUGGCCGCACCUUCCCUGCCUGGGCCUCAGGCGGGGCCCCAGCCUCGCUGGCCUUUGCCGGGCCUUUGCCGCCGCCGCCCACCCUGGGAGCCGGCCUCGAGCUGCAGCCGGUUUUCUCUGGGAAUAGUUUUUCUCCGUUCUCUGCUCUCCUCGGUCUCAGUUUCCAACGCCUUCCUGCGUCUGCAGCCCAAACGUUGUAGGGGAAGUUUGGGUUUGGAAUGGCAGGCUAAAUAGCUGUACCCAACCCAGUGCAAACCAGCAAAGCAUGAAGGACUUUGGGGUUUUUUUGUCUUUUUUUUUUUUUCUUUUAAAAGAUUUUGUUCACUGGACAGUGA